AUGGCUCAGGUAGAUAAUCGUAGCAAAGAUGGUAGAUGGUCUCUUGAGGGAACGACGGCUCUUGUUACUGGUGGAACCAAAGGAAUCGGGUAUGCUAUUGUGGAGGAAUUGGCUGGGCUUGGGGCUACUGUGCACACCUGCUCUCGGAAUGAAGUCGAUAUUAAUAAAUGCGUGCACGAGUGGGAGGCAAAGGGCUUCCAAGUUACUGGUUCAGUCUGUGAUAUUUCUUCUCGGCCCCAAAGAGAAGAGCUUAUAAACACAGUUUCUCAUCAAUUUCACGGCAAACUCAAUAGAUCUUUGGUUAUAAAUAAUGUGGGAACAACUAGUCAUAAACCAACCCUAGAGGUGACAGCUCAAGAUUUCUCAUUCAUCACGGGUACCAACAUUGAAUCUGCUUACCACCUGAGCCAGCUUGCGCACCCUCUUCUCAAAGGAUCGGGACGAGGAAGUAUUGUUCUCAUUUCUUCCAUUGGUGGAUUGUUGUCAAUAGGUGGUGCAUCCCUUUAUGGAGCAAGUAAAGGAGCAAUAAACCAACUUUCUAGAAGUUUGGCAUGUGAGUGGGCACGAGACAAUAUCAGGACCAACUGCGUUGCACCUGCAGUGAUAAGAACUCCCUUAUCCGAGGAUGUAAGUGCAUUUGACUUGUUAGCAUAUAUAUUAAUCAUAUGUAGGACUCCUAUUGGACGACCUGGGGAACCAGAGGAGGUAUCAUCCUUGGUAGCGUUUCUCUGCCUUCCUGCAGCCUCUUACAUAACUGGACAGACAAUAUAUGUUGAUGGAGGGAUGACUGUCUAUGGAUUCAAUCCCUGGUCGCAGUAGUUUUGAAUAAAUUUCUCA